CAACGUGCACUGUGCGCUAUGAGUGUUGAUAUUAGUAAAUAAGAUUGGAAUGAAAGAACUUGCUUUGCCUCAGCCAAGUCAUCAAGAAUCACUACCAGAAACUUGAAGCCUCAGCUCCCUUCUCCACAAUGAAACUCAGUGCUACAAACCAUCGAAUACCUCUUAGUGAUGGAAACAGCAUUCCUGUCAUCGGGCUUGGUACCUACUCAGAUCCCAAACCGGUUCCCAGGGAGACCUAUAAGGCAGUGAAAAUGGCCAUUGACCAGGGGUACCGGCACAUUGAUGGGGCCUAUCUCUACCACAACGAACAUGAAGUGGGUGAGGCCAUCAGAGAGAAGAUAGCAGAAGGCACAGUAAAGAGGGAAGAGAUUUUCUACUGUGGAAAGCUGUGGGCCACAGACCACGUCCCAGAGAGGGUCCGCCCAGCCCUGGAAAGGACCCUGCAGACCCUCAAGCUAGAUUACGUGGACCUUUAUAUCAUUGAAGUACCCAUGGCCUUUAAGCCUGGAAAGGAAAUAUAUCCUAAAGAUGAAGAUGGCCAAUGGUUAUACCACAAAUCAGAUCUGUGUGCCACCUGGGAGGCACUGGAGGCUUGCAAAGAUGCUGGCUUGGUGAAAUCCCUGGGGGUAUCUAAUUUUAACCGCAGGCAGCUGGAGCUCAUCUUGAACAAGCCAGGACUCAAGUACAAACCAGUCAGCAACCAGGUGGAGUGCCACCCAUAUUUUACCCAGCCAAAACUCUUGAAAUUUUGCCAGCAGCAUGACAUUGUGAUUGUGGCAUAUAGCCCUCUGGGGACCUGUCGGAACCCAAUGUGGGUGAAUGUAUCUUCUCCAUCCUUGUUAAAGGACAAACUUUUAAACUCUCUGGGGAAAAGGUACAAUAAGACGGCAGCUCAAAUUGGGUUGCGCUUCAACAUCCAGCGAGGGGUAGUCGUCAUUCCUAAAAGCUUCAACCCCCAAAGGAUGAAAGAAAACUUCCAGAUCUUUGACUUCUCUCUCACUGAAGAAGAAAUGAAAGACAUCGAAGCCCUGAAUAAAAAUGUCCGCUUUGUGGAGAUGCACAUGUGGAGUAACCAUCCUGAAUACCCAUUUCAUGAAGAAUACUAAACAUGGACAGUUCUUCAAAAGAGAUUCAUUCCGGACCUUGAGCUGGGUAAUCCUCUCAAAAUAUGGAAAUAAAUGGGGUCUUGCUAUCUUCAGAUUGAAUAGAACACACCAUGCUUAACUUUUGAACUCAAUAAAGUUCUGAUGAAGAAAUAAGUAGAUUUAAAUCUAUCUAAGAGGUUCUCUGAAAAUGCUUUGCUAAUAUUUUUAGAUUAAUAUUUUCUAGGUUGUUAGUGGGAAACAUUAAACUUUACUUCAAAAGUGGUAUAUAAAAGUAAAUUCUGACUCCUGAAUAUAAAACUGUCAUAGGAAGUCUGCAUUGUUCAGCCUCUAUCAGGACAGCAAAGAGGUUUGUAGCUGGCAUACUUCAGGUGCUGACCAUGAUCUUGACCUACUAAGGGUUUGGACCAUUGGUUGCAUGACAGACACAGCCAAGGAAGAAAUCCACAUGCCAUUAUAAUGCAUAUUGAGUAUUGAGAGAACUAGACAUCUAGAAAAAAAAUCUUUAAAAAAAAUCUUUAAAAUCUUAAAAAAAAAAAAAAAAAUACAAGAGGUUGGUUGAGCAAGGGCUAUAGGGCCAGGUUGGAGUGCUUGCCUGGCAUGCCGAAGACUCCACUGAAGGUGGGCGUGGGGUCAAUCAGCAAAGACAUAAUGAUCCUGUUUUCUCAUUUGUUUCAAUCCAGUGUGCCCAUCCAACUUUUACUGUUCUUGGAGAAUCAAAGUACUGAUUCUUUCUUAAAUCUCUUUUGUUCAGAGUGGUGGGGAGUUUGAGACUGGGUUUCAUGUAGUCUAGGCUGCCCACAGACUUGCUGUGCAUCUGAUAUUGGACUUGAAAUCUGAACCCCUGGUCUCUAUUACAUUUUUAAGAGCCUGAGCUUCCACAGGACUGGUAAGCCAUACUCGUAUUCCACUAAAAUCAUUCUUGCCUGCAUCCAUCAAGGAAAACUUUGUGUAAGGGAGCUAGAAACAACCAACAAGCUUUUUAUGUCAUAAAACAGUCUAAAGAUGGUGAUUUAAAAUGAAUUAAUUUUUAAAAGAGGAUUUGAGAAAUACUAGAAGAUAUGAUCUUUAAAAACCUCCUUUACAAAGGCUUAAGAAUAUAUUGGGGUAGCUAUCUGAAUUUUGAUGAAGUUGCAAGUUCUACAAGAACACAGAUAAUUUUAUUAUAUGUAAAUUUUUAAGAACUAAAUUGAAUGAUUACAACUUUGUCUAUUUUUAAUUUAACUAUAAAAUGUAAUAUAUUGUUUAUAUUAGAUCACUUCCAAGGGGGUGAGGGAAUUCUUCAAAAAUCAUAUCAAUAGAUACAUUUGAAUAGCCCAAAGAAAAACAUUUUUGAGAAAUUGUGAGUUAGAAAUGUGAUGACAUGAAUCAUUUUUCCCCAAUAUUAAUGUUAACAAUGCUGUUCUCUGGAAAAAUGUUUUAUUUACACGAAUUAAUAAAGUAUGAUGAUUUGUUCUA